AUGUCAUACCCACCAGGAAAGAUCAAGAAGAGUAGUGACAUCCUCGUCAUUGACGAAGAUAACUCGGCUCACAUCACUCAAAUCAAAGCACGCCCUGGGGGUGUGGCUUUUGAAGUUGCGAAUAACUUUGACCAUAUCACAGAUGUGACAGACGUCAAAGUCAGCCGUGGGGGCGUGGCUUUCGAGAUCACAGCAGACCAAUCUCUUGCUCCUUCUGCAGAGGUUUCAGAGAUGUCUCUCCCGAGUUCACCAAUCACAACCGUGAGCUGCACACGUCACGCUAAGGAAGGCAUGGCUUUUGAGAUCGAUUUCAGCGAUAACGAGGAGCAGAACCAACAACUCAAGACUCUCAGCAAAGUGACGUCACUCAUUGCUAAAGAUGGGUGGAGCGAGCAUGACGUCAUCAAAGAAACUGACGAUGUAUGGGUGGCCAACAAAGUUCUUGCAAUGAAUGACAAUGCAAAGAGGAAUAAGAAACGGUUGGCGUCUCUGAGGAAGGCUGAGGAAGAGUUCGACCUGAUGACAGCCACUAUGACAGAGAGAGCCAUUGACAGCUUUCACUACAUCCUGGUGAAGGAGACCUGUGCAGAACACAGUCUUCUUAGGAGAGCCCAGUUCAAGGCUUGGAAGAAGAAGAUGAUGCAGUAGAUUGAGCAAGUAAGAAUUUCUUGCACAAC